AGAGCCAGAGUGAGCCACCACCAGAGGCGUGACCGAAUCGGCUAGCGAGUGAGAGAGGAGGAGCAGUUCACAGUUGCAGUUCCACGCUCGCAGUAGUGUCCAGAGCAGAGCGCGAGGGAAGAGGGCGCAGAGAGCAGGAGGAGAGGCAGGCAGCCAUGGGCGAGGAGGAGAAGGUGAAGGAGGAGGCGGCGGCGGAGAAGGGGAAGGAGGCGGCGGUAGCGGAGGAGAAGGAGGCGGCGGCGGCAGGGGAGGAGAAGAAGGAGGACGCGCCGCCGCCGCCGCCACCGCCGGAGGAGGUGGUGAUGCGGGUCUUCAUGCACUGCGAAGGGUGCGCUCGCAAGGUCAAGAAGAUACUCAGGGGAUUUGAUGGAGUGGAAGAUGUUGUCGCGGACUCGAAAGCUCACAAGGUGAUCGUGAAGGGAAAGAAGGCUGCUGCUGACCCAAUGAAGGUGGUGCACCGUGUGCAGAAGAAGACAGGCCGCAAGGUUGAGCUUCUAUCACCGAUGCCACCUCCGGUGGAGGAGAAGAAGGAAGAGGAGAAAAAGGAAGAGCCCGAGCCACCAAAACCUGAAGAGAAGGAGCCAACGGUGAUAGCGGUGGUCCUGAAGGUGCAUAUGCAUUGUGAGGCCUGUGCGCAAGUUAUCAGGAAGAAAAUCCUCAAGAUGAAAGGAGUGCAAUCAGCAGAGCCAGACAUGAAGGCAUCACAAGUGACGGUGAAGGGUGUGUUUGAGGAGUCAAAGCUCACCGAUUACGUGCAUAAACGCAUUGGUAAGAAUGCCGCCGUUGUAAAAUCUGAACCAGCCCCUCCCCCUGAGAAUGCUGGCGAUGCAAAUGCAAAGGAUGACAAGAAGGCGGCCGAAGGUGGCGAGGAGAAGGACGAGAGCAAGGAGGAAAAGAAGGAAGGUGAUGAUGAGAAAGAAAAGGAGAAAGAGAAGGAUGAUAGCAAUGCUGCCGAGGUUGAAGAGAAGGACAAAGAGAAAGAUCCUUCAGCCUUGGCUGCUGCUAAUCUGUAUAUGCAUUACCCAAGAUUCAGCAACCCUGGUGGAUAUGGUGUUCCUGGCUACGCAUACCCGUAUGCGCCGCAGCUCUUCAGUGACGAGAAUCCAAACGCCUGUGUUGUGAUGUGAGAAGGUGAGAACAAUGAGGUCCAAAUUGGGGGAAAUAAGAGUGAGACUACGCAUCCCCUAACUUCUGGGGGGUGAAAUCGGCUGUUCGAAGAUAGGAUCAAGCAAGCCAUUUUGGUUUCUAACUGUUCUCAUGUAAUUAAAAUGUGAACUGUUGGCCUCGUCUCUAUUGUCGGCCUUCAUGGACAUUAUAUUAUGUAAGCUAAAAAUGUAGGAUUUUGCUUUGAGCUUUCUCUCUAUUGGCUUUCCUUUUGUAAAAAUUGUAUAAUAUAUAUAUUGUUAGUGUUGAAAUAGCUUGUGUAUC